AAGAUAAGCAUUGUUGUUAAUAAAUUGAAAGUAGGUGUUGUCAAUGAGAUAAAGGUGAGCAUGAGCAUUGUCAAUGAGAUAAAGGUGAGUGUGAGCAUUGUUGAUGAGAUAAAGGUGAGCAUGAGCAUUGUCAAUAAAAUGAAGGUGAGCGUGAGCAUUGUUGAUGAGAUGAAGAUGAGCAUAAGCAUUGUUGAUGGAUUGAAGGUAGACAUUGUUGAUGAGAUGAAGGCAAAAAUGAAAGUUGUUGAUGAAAUGAAGAUGAGUGUGAGUGUUGUCAAUAAGAUGAAA